AUGGAUGUGGCCAACAACACUACCUCCCCAGAGCGCUCCCCCGAGGGGGCAGGCGGCCCCGGCCUCGCCGAGGUGACCCUGGGCUACCAGCUGCUCACCUCCCUGCUCCUGGGGACGCUCAUCCUGUGCGCCGUGAGCGGCAACGCCUGCGUGAUCGCGGCCAUCGCCCUGGAGCGCUCCCUGCAAACCGUGGCCAACUAUCUCAUCGGCUCGCUGGCCGUCACCGACCUCAUGGUGUCCGUGCUCGUGCUGCCCAUGGCGGCCCUCUACCAGGUGCUGAACAAGUGGACGCUGGGGCAGGUCACCUGCGACAUCUUCAUCUCGCUGGACGUGCUGUGCUGCACCUCUUCCAUCCUGCACCUGUGCGCCAUCGCCUUGGACAGGUACUGGGCCAUCACGGACCCCAUCGACUAUGUCAACAAGCGGACUCCCCGGCGGGCUGCCGUGCUCAUCAGCCUGACCUGGCUCAUCGGCUUCUUGAUAUCCAUCCCGCCCAUGCUGGGCUGGAGGACGCCCGAGGACCGCUCGGACCCCGACGCCUGCACCAUCAGCAAGGACCACGGGUACACCAUCUACUCCACCUUCGGCGCCUUCUACAUCCCGCUUCUCCUCAUGCUGGUGCUCUACGGCCGCAUCUUCAAGGCGGCCCGCUUCAGGAUCCGCAAGACCGUCAAGAAAGCGGAGAAGAAGAAAAUCGCCGACACCUGCCUCACGCUCUCUCCGGCCGCCCUGCAGAAGAAAAGCAACGGGGAGCCCGGCAAGAGCUGGCGGCGGACUGUGGAGCCCAAGCCGGGUGCCUGUGUCAACGGCGCGGUGCGACAGGGCGAGGAUGGGGCCGCCCUGGAGAUCAUCGAGGUCCAGCGCUGCAACAGCUCCUCCAAGACUCACCUGCCGCUGCCCAGCGAAGCGUGCGGCUCCCCGCCGCCCCCCUCCUUCGAGCGGCGCAACGAGAAGAACGCGGAGGCCAAGCGGAGGAUGGCUCUGUCACGGGAGAGGAAGACUGUCAAGACCCUGGGCAUCAUUAUGGGCACCUUCAUCCUCUGCUGGCUGCCGUUCUUCAUCGUGGCGCUGGUCCUGCCCUUUUGUGACAGUAAGUGCUACAUGCCCGAGUGGCUGGGGGCAGUCAUCAACUGGCUGGGCUACUCCAACUCCCUCCUCAACCCCAUCAUCUAUGCCUAUUUCAACAAAGACUUCCAAAGUGCUUUUAAGAAAAUCAUCAAGUCGUUGCUUAUGGUCGCUGUAAACCAAGGUGUCUGCCCGAGUAGCAUCGUGAAAAUAAACCACCCUAUGCAGAAAACCGCCGUGUUGGGGAUUUUUCUUGGAUUUUACGAGGAGACAGCGGGGGGCUCAGCGUCCGAUCUCGGUCUGGCGGUGCGAGUACGGAGGCUGAAAGCGACUCCCCGAGCGGAUGGAAGGGGCUUUGGGCUCGUCGCUUCCCGCGCUGUGGAACCACCAAGCGGAUUUUCUUGGAGGAAAAGCGACCGUGUUUUGUAA